GGCACCCAUCAUCAUUUCGCAUGUGACAGGUGGCUGCACUGGCACGCCAUUCGUUGUAAAAUGGCCGCGGUGUGUGUGUUAAACUCGAGAGUGAAAGUGUGUUUGUGUUUCGUAUUGAAAUAAACUGUUGUGAAACACUGAGAAACAAUUGUUUUAAAAGCGAUUGUGUCGAAAGAGAUUGUCUGUGAAGUUUUGGUCGUCGGUGCGUCGGUUACAACAAGCCCCGAGUCAAAAGAGCCCAACUUGGCUCCAGUCGCAGUGUUUAUAACCUCAACGCCACUUAAACUGGACUUUUCGAGUCCUCAAAGAGUAAACAAACAAAGUUUCAUUCAUCAGUUUGGGGAACGGAGCACCGGGAGGAAACGCCAUGCGUUCCAAAACAACCUGUUAAAAAAGUCCACUGAACUUUGUGUUUACAUCCUGACGGAGAGCCCCUCGCCGCUGCGCUGCCUCCAGCGAGUCAAAGGGGCCCCGAGAUGCACACCUAUGUCCCUUACGUGUUAAAAUGCACAUGGAUACAACGCAAAACAUCAGUUAACCUUCAGCACUCAAUUGAGAAGGCAAGCUGUACCUAAACACUGAUUGACACGUCUGGAGAUACAAAUUUGAAGGUCGUUUAUCUAAAUAAAAUGUGUUUUGCCAUCGUGCAGUUGGGUGCGAGACUGUUUUGAACUACCCGCGUCAAGUCAUGGUCGGUUCAGGAGUGUGAAAUUAUUUAUUUACAAGUGCGAUGUAAAAACGGACACGCAGAUCGACACACUGGAUCAAGCCAGCUCUGGUCCAGGGGGUUGCCACGACGGUGGAGGGACAGUCCCCCCCGUCGUCCCACAGCCCCCGGGACUGUCGCCCUUUCCUCACGAAAUCAACACUCCCAAGCGACAAGCUGUGGUAGAAAGACUUCGAAGAAGAAUCGAAAAUUAUCGAAGAAGACAGAACGACUGCAUGCCGCGUUUCGACCAGUCCUUUACCGGUCUCUGCGAGCAAAAUCUUCAAGACACCCUGCAGCUGAAGCAGCGCUAUUUGGACGCCAAAGCGAAAAGAGUACCGAAAAGUAAAGACAAAAAGCAGCAAGAAUCGAUUCAAAGCAGCGUGCACGUGCAGCAGAAAUUCUUGAAACGAUCGGCGGAAGAGCACGAUCCGGGAGGGUCAUCUGAGAAUUUCGAGCCACCGGUGAAACUCCAGUGCACAACACAGCAGCACGGUUCGCAUCAGAACGAAGGUCUGACGAAGUUUUCGGUCGAAAUCGUCCAGCAGCUCGAAUUCACAACGUCGGCGGCCAAUUCCCAGCCUCAGCAGAUCUCCACCAACGUGACGGUGAAGGCGCACACCAACGCCUCGGUGAAGAGCGACGUCUCAUCGCCCAAGUCGAAUCCUUCGACGCCGGCGUCCAACCUCCAGCAGAAGUCCAACAUCGGCCUCGACGUCGGCACUUUGGUCGAGUGCGUCAAGCAGGAGCCCGACAACGAUUUCGCCGAUUUAGACCAAUGUGCGGCGGCGUUAGAGAAGGAUGCGGCCGCCAACGGUGGCACCGGCUUUGGUGGUUUCUCCGACCUCAUCGGCGAAGACACCAACGACGAGAUCAUCACGUCUGACGCCUUCAACGAUCUCAUCUCAGAUAUUAGCAACUAUCCCGAGUUAAUGAAAGACUUUGAUUUCGAAGAUAAAUCCGAGGUUAACGCGAGUGUUAACGGUUUGAAAGUGGAAGACAUUAAAGAUCUGCAACAACCGGUGGCAGACAACGCGAAAUCCACUCACAGUCCUUUAGUUUCCAAUCAAAAUAACUAUUCCCCAGUCUUCGAAAACCAAGGAGGCAUCAACAAAACCCGCAUGCCUCCUUACACUAACAUUGAUUUCUGCAAGACUGAACUGAGUCCGGCCGCACAAACCCUCAAGCAAAUGGCCGAACAACACCAACAUAAAAAUCAAAUGGGGAUGACUUUCAACCCCAACACCAGAGCGCCGAAUUCCAGGUCACCUUACCCCGAUUUCCAGUUCCAAGGUGACUAUGGAAGCCCCAACUCGAACCCCAACUUCCAUAAAAACAGUCCGAAUUUCUCGCAACCUGACAUGAUCAAGCAGGAGAUGAUCUUCCAAGGGAACGAUUUUGACAUGAAGCGGAAAGGUGCAGGGAUUUACAAACAGCAGCAAUAUUCCCCUUAUAGCAGUCCCAGUGCGAGUAGUCACGGCAGUCCGGGUUAUUUACCGAGAAGUGGUACCGGAUCGACAAGUGGUGGCGCCUUCGGCGGCGGUACUCCCCCGAGACCGCCCUCGGGACCUGGUGGCAACAAUUCGGGAACCACCUUGCAGAUAAAUCAAGCGCAACAACUCCAUAUAAGUCAGCAGAAUCACGGACACGCCAUUCAGGUGUCGGCUGGUCAACACCUUCAUUUAAGCGGCGACUUGAAAGGCAAUGUAUCCAUCGCGACACAACAAGGAAUGCACUUUAAUCAACACACGACAACAAAUGGUACCUCGUCUCAAUCCCAGAACGGACAAAACGUUCCCCAACAGAACCCGCUCUCAUCAAACCAACAACAACAGAACCAACAACAAAUGCACAACAGCAAUCAACAACAACCGCAAAACCCAACGAUGGGCAGUCCCAUGAUGUCCAAUAACCAACAAAUGCCGAAUUCGCAACAAGGCUCAAUGGGCGGAAUGCAAGGGAUGAUGGGUGGUCCAGGAAUGCAACAUCCUGGGACGAUGGGUGGCAACUUAUCAGGACAAAUGCCAGACGGCUACUCCAUGUCACAAAGCCAGACCAUCAACUUCACCCAGCAAACCUUAAGGCAACGUGCCAAUGGACCCAAUGUCGUACCAAAUAAUAUGGGACCAAAUGGGCCAAUGGGACCAGGACCUAUGGGAGGUCAAGGCGGAAUGGGACCACGUCUAAUGAAUACUCAACUCGAACAACAGAAACUUCUGCAACAACAGCAAAUGAUGCGCGUGCAACAAGCCGCACUGCAACAGCAUAUGGUCAGGCCGCCGCCCCCGGAUUACAAGAGUAGUGCAGGAAUGAUGCAAGGUGUGCAACCCAGAUUUGCAGGAGCGCCACCUAACAUCCGAAGAAUGCCACAACAGCCGAUGCCACCGUCAGGUCCAAUGAUACGACCACAUAAUAUGUACGUGAUGCAACAGCACCAACAGCAACAGCACAUGAUCUCCAGAAAUAUGUACCCGCGACAGCAAGGACCACUCAGUGGAAUGGACGCAAUGCAACAUGGAAACACCGAGUGGCGACAUCUGCUGAUGCAACAACAGAACACUAAUUUUAAUCCGCAGAUGAGGCCAAACAUGCAACAAGGUUUUAACAUGAACGCCGGAAACAUGCAGCUGUCAGCCCAGCACCAGCAGAUCAGAAGUCAGCAGAGCAUGGGUCAGGCCCAGGUGAUGGGCCAAAGUGGCAGUCCCAUGUCGCAAAUGAACAACAUGAACCAAAUGUUGAACCACAUGCAGCAACAGCAGAGUAUGAUGCAGCAACAGCAGCAGCAGCAACAACAACAGCAACAGAAUUCUCAGAUGUCCAUAUCAAGCAUCCACAUGCAACAAACCCAGUCGAUGACAGUGACCAAUCAGACACUCCAGCAGAACAUGAACAAUCAACUUGUAAAUAAUUCAUCAAGCAACCAAAAUAAUUCGUUAAAUAAUUUCAAUUCCCAAUCGACGGACUUUAUCGGUCUCGAAUUUCUAGAUAAUCUUCCAACAACUGAUUCAACUGCAUUUACUGAUCAGGAGCUGCUAAGCUCGUUUGACAGUGACUCUGGCUUUAAUUUAGAUUUUUAGUAGAAUUUUAUAUAAUUUUUGUUAAUAUUUUUUAUAUAUAUAUUUUUGUACAUAUUGUACUGUGGUUUCUGUUGGUCUUUAGUUUUUUUGGUUACAAUGCUUGAAAUUUGUUUUUGAUACAACGUUUACAAGAAAUGAACCCGAAUGACAAUAUACCUAUCAAAUAUCUACAGUUUGUAUUAAAUUACACUGCCAUGAAGCAGAUUAUGAUUAUAAAAUAGAGCUGUGACAAAGUGGAGUGAAAUUUUGUAGAUAUCAGCUGCAAAACAGAAUUUACAUUUAUACAGUUUAGAGAAGUGUACACAAAAUUGAAACUGAAUCUCAUCUGUCAUAUCACGACUUGUAUACACAAUUGAUAAGUAUUUAUAUCGUGUUAUAUUUUACUCCUAACCGUAGGAAGUUGGCGUACAGUACGUAAUAUUUACGAUCGUGAAACUAACGGCAGAAAAUCGUAAAUAUUGCAAGUGGCGGUGACUAGUUGAAAUAAAUAUAAUUAGAGAACAGUUCUUUAAACUCCUGUAAUCCAUUAGUAAAUGUUCGAGCAUCCGUUACUUGCAGCUUAUUUGGUAAUUGUGUGGCGUGUCGUUGUGUCUAAAAUUUGUCAUUUCGCAUUUUUGUAACGUUCUAAAUUCCUAACGGUAGCUACUUGCGAUGCGCUCCAAGAUUACCGAAUACCUAGCCAAAGUCGGUGUUCUUAGUGAAAUAAUUAUGUAAUGUUACUGGCUUAAAUAUAAGAUUUGAUUUUUCAAGUUUGGUUGGUGAAAUAUUGUCACAUGCAAAGACUAUUUUUUUAUUCAUGUUUGAUAUUUAAGCCACUAAAUUGAGGACGAUGAUCUCAAUAAAUUUUAAUUAGUGAAAAAUUGCGUUUCUUUCUAUGAUGAUGACUAGGAUAUACAUUCCAAAGUGUAAUUCUGUUUCCAAAGUUUUGUAAAAACCUUCUCUCAGUAUUGAAUUGCUUAUUUCUUCUGCACUUAUUAGCAGACCACAGUCUUAGUUUUAUCUGUAAUAAUUUAUACGUGUACUUAGAUGAAAUGACAUUGUUAUCAUAUUCUAAUUUUUGCAACAUACAAGAGUUUAUAUUGAAAAUAUAUAUUCCAUGUUUUGUAGAUUUAUCAUAAAUUCAGGUGAUUAUAAUAAAUAUCCAUAAUGACA